ACACUGGUUGAAAAAAAAACAUUUAUAAAAAAUGACACACACGCCAUAAUGUAAAUUGCUUCUCGAUUUGGCGUUUACGUUAAAAAAAUUACAUUUUGAUGUUAAAAAUUCCUUUAUAAUGUAUAAAUAAGACAUUUAAAAUGUCCUUAGUAAUUAUUGGCUAAGCAUUUGCAAUGGCUCAAUAUUACCAAAUAGUUGGACAAGGACAGUCAUUGACUCUUGAAGAUCUACAAAGAUAUUGUCCAAACUUAUGCUUGGACAGAAUAAUAGUGAAUCAAGAUGAACAACAGUAUGCACAACAACAGGUUGUGGUACAGCAAGCGGACCAGCCUAAUGAUAUUAUAGUAAGUGAAGGUGUACAAUCUCAGCUGGUUGUGAGUGAUGGCUUGCAAUAUCAGCCCCAGUACAUCAUUCGACAUGAACCCCCUCCCCCUCCACCACCGACACGUGCCGACUUCCAACAACAACAACAACAGCAGCAACAACAACAGCAACAACAGCAGCAGCAGCAACAACAGCAACAGCAGCAGGCGUUACACAGGCACCAAGUUUACUACACAUCUGAUUUACCUGUGGAUGCUCAGGUUGUCUUACAACAGGCUCAACAGAUCAUUGAUGCAUCUUUGAUGCAACAGUCAUCUCCACAGCGACCACAACAUCAGCUCGUCAGUCCGGCGCACGUGCUCUCGCAACCAACUGUGAUACAUCCCGCGCAGCAGCCGCCGCCGCAGCCCCCGCCCCCACCGCCGCCGCCGCAACAUGCACCCCAACAGACGCCACCGCAACAACAGCAACAGUUGUCGCGAGCGUCACCCCAACUCAUACAGCACUUCCAACAACAACAUCAACAACAGAUUCACCUGCAGCAGCUACAGCAACAACAGCAACAGUUGCAGCACCAGCACCAGUUGCAACAACAACAGCAGCAGCAGCAACAACACCAACAACACUUGCAAUCACAACAAAUCUCUCACCAGCAGGUUGUUAUGCAUGCAGCAUACAUAAAUCAAGCUGGUGGCGGUGGUCGGCCAAGUGCUCCGCGGCUGUUGAACCCGACGCUGGGCGGCGCGGGCGUGACGCUGGUGCGGGCGCCCGUGCGGCCCGUUAGGCCGCGACGCCCCGCGCAGCGAGCAACGCCCGCGCCGCAUGCCCAGCGCAUGCUCAACUCCAUGCAGCCCCAGGGUCAGGCGGUCCCCCCGGGCGGCGUGGCGCGGGCGGCGUCGCCGCGGGUGCUGAACCCGCAGGCGCAGCACGCGCAGCACCGCCCGCCGCGGCCCAGGACUCCGCUACACCACACACUACAGCAACACCAGCACGCCCAACAGCACCAGCAGCAUCAACUCGCACAGCAUGUCUUAGGACAGCAAGUUCAUCCACAACAACUCAACCAACUCAAGAUCUCCACUCAUCAACUCCUCAAUCAACAGAACCAGGCUCACUCACAGACAACUCGAAUAAUAACACCGCAAGGGACGAUAGUGACGCAGAACUUACCUUCACAAAUGGCCCAACAUACGGUAGUUCCCACAAAUCAGAACAAUGGACCUCUACCUCAACAGAAUGCCCUCACUACCAUUCCGCAAAGAUCUUCACCCCAUCCCCAACAAGUUCAACAAGUGCAACAAGUGCAGCAAGUUAAGAAGGUGGUAGUUCAACCGAACAACGCUAGCGAUAUGGAUGAUCUCGAAGAGAGUAUUACAGCCGCGAUACUCACUAAACACUCUGUGAAUGACAACAUGAACCCGUCGCCGCAGCAGUUCCACACGCCGCCGCCGGCGAUGCGGCCGAACCACGUGGCCGGGACCGUGCAGCAGCAGCUCACCUUCAACUCGCCGCAUGCCUUCCAGCCGCAACAGUUGUCGUACGAGCAGCCCCAUGUACAGCAACACCCGCAAACCCUCACACAGCUGCUAAUGGAACCAGACAUGGAGGAAGAACGACAAGUAUUAACCCUAACCAACGGCCAGAGGAUAACUCUCGCCGACUACAAGCGACUGCAGCAGCCGCUACGCACGCCUCUACAGCAACAACAGCAAGCACGGGAUGCCGGUAGACAGACCGUGGUACGUAGUAAAGAGCAGCAGCGGCCUGUGCAAAGAGUUCCGCCGAUGCAGGCGCAACAACUCAAUCUGACAAUAGCUCCACAAGAAAACAACGAAAACAUGUCGGGUCCCUCGGAGCUAAUGUCAGAAACAGUGUCUGCAAAAAUGUUAAUAUUCCUCCAAAGUGGUGAACAAAGGUUAAUCACUUUCACGGUGCCAAAAGAAAGCUGCACACUUCAAGAAGUGCUUGAACAGCUUUUGUUUCAGAUUAACAUUCCUUUUUCGGCGGAUACUCACAUACAAUGUAUGCAAAACACAAGUAGUGAAAUUGACUAUUUUGUGUCAGUGGGCUCAACAACUAGAAUUGAAGAAAUGUUAGAAAAUCACCCGAUUUUAAUAGGAGGAGAUAUGAGUAGUAGAAAUUCCCCCAAUACGUCCCAACCUCAAAAUAGUGAAAUGUCUACACCUGAAAAAUCCCAGUGUCCUGAUAAUGUGAACAACAGUCCAGAAUCUCCAGGGCCGCGGUCGCCGCCGCCGCGGUUGGUAGACGGCAUGCUAGCUGUUUGUAAAUCAUGUGGAUACACUGGAUACGACUUCAGUCGCUGUGAACGGUGUAAACGCGUAUUCACUGAGGAGCCUAAAGGUGUACCAAGCAAAAAAGUAGAUCAAAAGAAAAAAGAACCAGAGAAAACAAUUUCGGUUUUGGAAAAACAAAGUACAUGUGGGGAAGGAAUUAAGUUAAAUUUAUUAAAGACUACAAUGAAGACGCUAAAUAAUAAAACUCCUGCACAAGAGAAAAAGCCGCCUAGAGUUAGAAAGCCUCGUGGCAAGCAGCCGGAUCCAGAGCCCGUCAUAUUAACUCUAAGUUCGGAUGAAGAGGAUUCAAAUAGUUCCAUGAUGAGUCUGCAUGAACAAUCAAUAAGUAUGAAGGAACCAUCACUCAGUGAAAUAGAAGGGGGGACUCCAGAUAGCGGCAUUGGAAUAGACCACAUGGAUGAUGGCAGCAGAGAAGAAAUCAGCCAGAGUUGCAUACAAGUCACAUCACUCAACUGUCGGACCAUUCGCAUUGGUUCCUACAGAUAUACCCCAAAAGAAAAGGUUUACAUAUCAUCAAAGGGCAUAAAAAUUGUUGCACCUUCACUCAAAAAUGAAUCACGAGACGUGGCUUUACAAAUACAGUUGAAAGAAGUUGUUAGAAUAUUGGUGCACUUUGGUAAAGGUUUACCUGUGAUUUUUUUAUACACCAUGAGCAAAUGUGGUAACUAUAUUCGGAAAGUAUUGGACAUGACGGAAGAGUCAGGUCCUUUUUAUAAUCCAAUGUCCAAGAUUGAUCCUUUCAAAAGGAUAACAUUACUACCAGAAACAAUAUCAGAUGAAGCUAAAAUUAUACUUAAAGUUUUAUUUGGGAAAGUAAUGGAUGAAUUGACUGCUCGAGAAGCCAAUGAUAUAUUAGUGAGAACCUGUCCUAAAGAAAGCAAUAAUGUAACGAAAAUGACAACAAGAAGUGCUUCCAUUUCUUCUGGAGCUAAGAGUUCCAAUCCUGCUGAGAUAAGACAAAUUCUAAUUUAUCCACCUGGGAAAGGUGGUAUACCUAUUAAUACUGAAGACUAUAUGUGCCUAGCCCAAGAUCAGUUUUUAAAUGAUGUCAUCAUAGAUUUUUAUUUGAAACAUUUAGUUCAUGAUGUUUUAACACACAGUCAGAGAGAAAAGACUCAUAUUUUUAGCACAUUUUUCUACAAAAGGCUUACUACUAAACCAAGUAAAGUGAACAGAAGUUCGAAUCCUCAUGAAUGGGACAGUAAUUUAACUCCGGCGCAAAAGCGUCAUGCGAGAGUCAAGACGUGGACAAAAAAUGUGAACAUUUUCGACAAAGAUUUUAUUGUAGUUCCUAUUAAUGAAAAUUGUCACUGGUUUGUUGCUAUUAUCUGCUACCCAAGCUUAGAUGGAUGCCGGAGUACUAUAGAUAACCGCCUUGUUACCCCACAAGAGAUAAGAAAAAAAGAACGUAGAUCUUCUAUGCAGAUAGGAAACACGACAAUCACACCACUCAACAAGCAGGAACAACUUACAUUAAGUUGUGACUCGGACAAUCUUAGUGAGCGUGAUGAGGCUGAAGCUGAGGAAAGUGAUUUGGACAUGCAAUGUGAUUCUGAUGAAGAUGAAACCGACAAAAGUCCUAUUGAAAAGAAAAUUGAAAUUCAACCACACAGAAAAAAUGAACCCAUAAAACAACCAUGCAUAUUAAUAUUUGAUUCGUUAGCUGGGGCAUCACGAUCUAGAGUGGUUGCCACAUUAAGAGAUUACCUCACUUGUGAAUAUCAAGCUAAAGUCUCCCAAAAUAAAAUUUUCAACAAGGAUAAUAUUAAAGGUAGUUGCCCUAAAAUACCACAGCAAAAUAAUUUUACUGACUGUGGAUUGUAUUUGCUGCAGUAUGUUGAGCAAUUCUUUAAGGAUCCUAUAUUAGACUACACAUUGCCUAUAAAACAACUAGCCAGUUGGUUUGAUGAAAUAGUCGUGACUAGAAAACGUGAAGAGAUCUCCAUUUUAUUGAAAUCAUUGAUGAACAAAUAUAACCCAGACUCGCAUUUGACUUUGCCUGAUAUUACAUUCCCUACUUUAAAUGGUAAAUUGAUUGAAACUGAAGACCAACAAGAAGAUGGAUCUGAAAGUGAUAAAGGCAAUUCAAGCAAAUUACUAAAAUCCGAUGGCAAGGACAAUGAAACAGCAACCCUCACAUUUGUCAAACAAAUGCCUACUGGUGACAUAGUGGUGAAGCGAAACUAUGCAGACUCUUCUGAUACUAUACAUUUGCGGAAAGCUAUAAGAGUUUCAAGUGAUGCAGAAAAUAGAUCUAUGGUCUUAAAGUCGGAAUUUAUCAAGAAAGGUGAUAGCGAAAAUCAAAUUUUGAUUCCUAUUAAGUUACACACAAGUGACUUGGUUAAAGACAUUCAAAAUACUUUAAUAGUUAAUAAGAAUAAUAAAACAUUGGGUGAUAAAAAGCAUGGUGUACAUAAUCAGAACGUAUCCAAUAUGAAUUGUAUUCGGCAAAACAUUGGUGAAAGUGACAGUCACUCAUUCCUGAAAUCGAGAAGGGUAAACAAACUCGAUGAUGUGAUGAAUGAAACGAGUAAAAAAUUCAAAAAGAAUGAAUGUUGAAACUUGUUGCCUGUCCAUUUACCAUGUCUAUUAAAUUAUUAUUCAUUUAAUAAAUUGUAUAGUUGUUUUAUGGAGUUGUAAAUAUUUAGCAAUUAAACCAUUAACAAUAUGUAUUUAAUACUAACUAUUUUAUAAAAAUAAAAUGUAAAGAUUUAAAAUUUUACUUGUGUAUCAUAUUAGCUUAAAAUAAAAAAUAAGAAAAUUUAA